UUAAUCUAUGCUGUGUGAUGGUGGAAGAAGACGGACGUGGCUGAUGGAAUUUUGUAUUAUGUUUUUCGUGAAUUUCCAUGUCUGAGCAGUGUUUAACAUUACAAAAAUGUCUGACGUAAUUGUGCCUAAGGGUCAGCCUAUCCCUGGUGAUCCAGAAAAGAAAGGCUGGCUUUUUAAGUGGACAAAUUACCUCAAGGGUUAUCAGCGGAGAUGGUUCGUGUUGUCGAACGGAUUAUUGUCGUAUUACAGGAAUCAAGCCGAGAUGGCUCACACAUGUCGUGGGACCAUCUCUUUACUCGGUGCUCUGAUCCACACGGCGGAUUCCUGCACGUUUGUCAUCAGCAACGGAGGAACACAGACGUUUCACAUCCGAGCCCACGACGAAGUUGAACGACAAAGCUGGGUGACUGCACUCGAGCUGGCGAAGGCGAAAGCGAUUCGCGCACAAGAAUCUGACGAUGACGAGGACCAGAUGUCAUCUGGUCCAGUAGCUGUAGGAAGCGGCGAGGGCGAGAGCGAGGACGCGGGUGGCAUAGCCCGGGAGCUGGCCGCCCGCUUCCACGACCUUCGCACCUGCUCCGAGCUCGUCGCCAGGCACGGGGCGGCCUUGCAGCGCUCCCUCGUAGACCUGGAGACUCCGCCCACCGACACCACGAAACAAGUGUCGGAGCGCGCGACUCUCUUUAGGAUAUCGUGCAACGCGAUGAUGAAUGCGUGUUCAGAAUUCAUGAGUGCGGCAGCUGCAUCUAGCGCUCGAAUGAGCCGCGCGUUGCAGCACGAGAGAGACCAGAAGAUGCGCCUCCAAGAAGUAGUAGAGCAGCUCGCGAGACAGCACGACUCGCUGGAGAAGACGGUCACCGCGCGUAGCACGCCGCACACGGGUGGAAACGGUUCGGGGCAGGGGAACGAGACAGAGGAUGAAGAUCAUGAAUUCUUCGAUGCAGUGGAGGAGGGUGUGUCUUCUGCCAUGGAGGAUAAGACUUCCUUUGUGAUUAAAGUGCCCGUCAAUAGGAAAAACAAAGUAAAGAGCGGGGAAAGCUCAGAUGAAUCUGAGGGCGAGACUGUAACGGAAACACAACAGGUGAUAUUUGUGGAAGACAAGGAAAGAGCAGAAAGUGCGAUGGGCGGCGCAGAAGCCAACGCGACUGCGAGCAAGGCGCCCGACAGCGAGAAACAGGAUGUCAAAGUUUGGCCGCACGUGUCGGAGCUAACGAGCACGGUGGACGGACACCCGCGGCGCACGCGUGUGCCCGACAAGCCCAACUACCCGCUUAGCCUGUGGUCCAUCAUGAAGAACUGUAUAGGCAAGGAGCUGUCCAAGAUCCCGAUCCCGGUGAACUUCAGCGAGCCGCUGUCUAUGCUGCAGCGGCUGACGGAGGACUACGAGUACUCCAACAUCCUGGACCAGGCCACGCAGUUCAGUGACCCUGCGCACCAGCUGGCCUACGUGGCCGCCUUCACCGUCUCCUCCUACGCAACCACCUCCAACAGAACGAAUAAACCAUUCAAUCCUCUCCUUGGUGAGACAUUCGAAUGUGAUCGGAUGUCGGACCUCGGGUGGCGGUCUAUAUCGGAACAGGUGUCGCACCACCCGCCGAUGGUGGCGCAGUUCUGCGAGGGGCAGGCGGGCUGGCAGUGCUGGCAGGAGUUCACGAUGACCACCAAGUUCCGCGGCAAGUACCUGCAGGUCAUCCCGCUGGGCGGCGCCUCCGCCAUGUUCCCCGCCUCCGGCAACAAGUACACGUGGAGGAAGGUGACAACCACGGUGCACAACAUAAUCGUGGGCAAGCUGUGGGUGGACAACCACGGCGACAUGGACAUCGUGGGCGAGGCGGGCGCCGCCGCCGGCUACGUGGCGCACCUCAAGUACCUGCCCUACGGCUACUUCAGCAAGGACACGCAGCGGAAGGUCACCGGCGUCAUCAAGGACCCGCAGGGCGUCCCGCGCUACGUGCUGCAAGGGCACUGGGACAGCCGCGUGGAGGUGGCGCCGGUGACGUCGGCGUCGCCCGACAACACGGUCUGCAAGACCGGCAAGUUCACCGUCGCCUGGGAGCGCGUUGCAGCGCCGCCAGACUCUGACAAGUGGUAUAACUUCACGCUGCUAGCCGCGCAGCUGAACGAAGCUGAAGCCGGCGUGGCGCCCACUGACUCGCGGCGGCGGCCCGACCAGCGCCUCAUGGAGGAGGGGCUGUGGGACGACGCCAACGCAGAGAAGCUGCGCCUCGAGGAGAAGCAGCGAGCCGCGCGCCGCGAGCUCGAGCAGGCCGCCGAAGCGGCGGCAGCUCGUGGGUUGCCCGCGCCGCCGGCGCCGAAGCCGCUGUGGUUCACGCGCGAGCCGGCGGCGGCGCCGGGCGACCCGCUGCGGCACCUGUACAACCGGCGCUACUGGGAGUGCAAGCAGCGCCAGGACUGGGCCGCGUGCCCCAACAUCUUCUAGCGCGCCGGGCCGCUUUGCGCCGCUGUAGGACGAUGACUCGCGUAUAGUUGACCCACGCUGAACUGUCCCACCAAACUCAAUGACAGGGGGGCGCUACCAUCGUUCAACUAUAUGGUUUCCAACAUGGCACAAAUCGGAACCAGCGAUCCGGUAUUGACGGUGGCGCCCCACUGUCAAUGUCAUGCAUAGGACAGUUCAGUAUUUUGGAACUAUACUGUGAGCGUCGCGCGCGAGCCGACGACGGAGCGACGCGUUGUUCGUCGAGUGUUGUUGGCCGCUGUGAGGGUAGACUGAUUCGCUCCCGCCGUCGACUCGCGGCGCUCUAGGAUAUUUUGUAAGAUCUAUUACAAAUUGUACAUUUUCAAGUGGAUGUAAGAUAAUUUGUUAAUAUUUUUAUUAUAAUAAAUAA